AUGCAAAAUCCAAAUUUUUAUCAACCAUUAUCUAACCAACGUUUUAUACCUCCAGCAUUAGCAAGACUCCAAAGAGAAAGUUCAAUUAGAAAUAAUGUUUUUCCAACAUCUGGAUCAACAAAUUUAAAUGGAAAUAGUGUUUCAGAUCAACAAGGAAUUUCAAUUAAUACUGAUGGAGAUUCUGGUGUUCUCCCUACUAAAUCUCCUGAAUUUUAUGAUCAACCAAGACCUUUUGGUAAUGGAAAUCUAUCAAGAAAAAUUAAUUUAUUUCCAUCAUCUGGUCAAUCAUUAACAUCACCAUCUUUAUCAUCAUCAUCAUCAAUUUUAAGAGGUGUCCGUCCAAAUGGAAAUUCCGGUUUUAUUCCACAAAAGAUAUCAACAAAUAGAGGAAAUGUUCCAUAUCAGCAAUCACAAUUUUUAGCUCAAUUUAAUAAUAAUGAUCAACAGCAGUCUACAUCGACAUCAUCGGAAAAACCUGCAUCAUUUCCACAAACAAGUCGUCCAAGACCAUUUGGACCAAGAAUUCGUCCGUUUUCUCGUCAAACAUCAACACCAAUUACUAUAACUCAACAAAAUGAAGAUGUACAACAAGUUGCAAAAUCUCAACAACUUCCUGCACGUACUAAUCGAAAUCGUUUCCAACCAACUUCUGAACGUGGUAAAACAACAACGAAAACUACAACAGAAUCAACACAAUUUUUAUCAACUGAAAAAUCACGUUAUAACCGUUUUGGUAGUUCAUCAAGACAAAAUAAGAAACAACAGCAACAAUCUGUAACACAAUCCUCAUCACAAAUUUCUUCCAAACAGUCUAAUACACCGAAAUCUCGUUUCACGCCUCAUUCUCAAAAUUCGAAUAAUAAAACUGGUGGUUUUCAACCUAAACGUCCUGUAUUUAUUAGUAGAGAAGUAAAUGAACCAAUUCAUUCAAGAAAUCGUCCUUCUUUAAAUAAAGUCGGUGCAAAUCCAAAAUAUUUGAAAUCUUUUAAUCCAUCUAAAAAACAAGAAGAAAAUCAACUUGAUGAUGAAGUAUUGGAAAUAAAUCAGAUUAAUGGUGAACAACAAAAAUCUUUGAUUGAUAGUUUAAAAGAUUUCAAUGAAGACUUGGAAAAAAAUACGACAACUGAUGAACCGAUAACUUCCACUACAACUGUUUCAUCAACAACUGAUCAUAAUGUAGAUGAUGUAGAUGAAGUACUUGAAAUAACUGAUAAUUCAGAAAAUUCUGAAAAUAUUGAAAAACCAAUGAUAUUGACGUCUAAUUUCUUUUUACCAGCCGAUAGUAAUCAAUCCGAAGAACAAUCAGGUGAAAUUGAAGAAAUAUCAAAAGAAAUGCAAUUAAACAAUGAAACAAGCAAUGAAACUGAAAAUGAAUCAUCAAUAACACCAAAAAAUUUAGAUUAUGAUGAUGAAAAUGAUGAAUCUAAAGUGCAAAUAACCACGACUGUUCCCCAAUUAGAAAAUUCCGAUAAUGAUAAGAAGUUACAGAUUGAAGUAACAACAGAAAGAGAAAAAUUUGUUCAAGCAACCACAUUUAGACGAGAUUUUAGUAAGGUAAUGGAAAAAAUGACAAACCCUUUGAAUGAAGAAGAUGAUAUGAAGAUCACAACCCAGCCAACAAUAUCAAAAAAUAAUGAAGAAGAGUUUACUAAGCAAAAAGAUUUAAAUGCUGAAGAAGAAAGUGUGGAAUAUGUUGAUGAAGAUUACAGCGAUGAAGAUGAAGCUGAACCUGAUGAUGAAGAAUUAAUGGAAAACAAUGAAUCGGAUGAUACUGAUUUAGAAAAUAUGAGUGAAAACAAAAAUGACAAAGAUAUUAAUGAAAAUGAAAGUCGAAAAGAGAAACAAAUAGAAAAUAAUGAAAAAAUGGAAGAAAUGGAAAUAAUUGAAAAACUUAUUGAAAUACUUGAAGAAAGGGAAGAACACGAAAAAGUUAAAGAAAGCUCAAGUGAAGAAACCCUUGGAGAAAUUAUUACAACGGUUUCAAAUGAUAACGUUUCUGAUACAACGACGCCAAGUCAAGAAACAAGCAACGACAUAAUAAACACUACACAGGGAACAACCACGGAAACAACAAUUGACUCUAGUGUGCAAAUUAGUAAACCACAAGAAAAUAUUGAAAAUGAUACAGCUUCACUUGAAAACCCCAUAGGCGAUGAACAAGGAUUAAAUAAUUCGACUGAAGGAUAUGUUGUUAUUGCAUCAAUACAAACAAGUCGUAGUUUAAACGGGGCCCGUUUCUUACCAUUCCCAGCAAUUGAACAAGAGGAGAAAAAACAAACACUAUCCGAACUAGAACGUAAAAUUAAGAGCAAGAAGACUUCUGCCUUAUCAGAACAAACAAAUGAAGAUAGCGAAAAAAUUGCUUCAGUUGAAUCUUUAUCUGAAACAACUUUGCCACCUAAUAUCGAUGAAGAAAAUGUAACUGUUACUCCCGAAAAUGUUGAAUCUAAGAUAAAGUUAUCUACUUCAGAGCAAGUACCAACAACGACGCAACCGACGACCACAACUAAUAAUUACAAAUUGAAUAGAAAAUUCAUUCCUAAAAGCGCUACCAAAACUCCUAAAAUAAACUUUGAUGAUAUAAAAAUGGAUGAUAUAAGUUCACUUUUGCCAUCAGGAUUUAAAGCUAGACCUAGUGGGUUCACUUUACGAAACAAAAAACCAGCAACAACGACCACAACAACUACUACUACAACUACAACCGAACCAGCAAUUACAAGCAGUGAAAAACCAAUUAGAAAUCAAACUAUAAGUCGUUCAUUUAAAAAUUCUCCUGUUACAGCGCAGGAAAUUAUUUUAUCUAGUCAUUUACCAAAAGGGCAUAGAGUAAAUGAAACAACUACUGAAGCUUCUCAGAAGCCAAUACCAAACAUAUUAAGUAAGUUGACAUUUGAAGAAAACAACGAUAAAUUUUUACCAAAAGACUACAAACAAAAAGUUAGCACUCCUAAGCCGAUGUUAACAACUGUGGAUGAUGUUAGUAAAUUCUUGCCGCCAGGAUAUAAGUUUAAACCGUCUAAGUUCAAUUUAUCAACAGCAAAACCAGAAAUCACACAAUCUACAACGCAAAAAAUUUUAGCGGUAACUGUCAAAGACGAUAUUAGCAAAUUCCUUCCACCAGGAUUCAAUCUUGAUAAAGCUUCAAAGGAGGAAAAAGUAGAAGUAUUAGAUAUAACCAAAAUACUUGGAAAGGAUAAAAUAGUUGAAGUAAAAGAUAUAUCCAAUCUCCUGCCACCAGGUUACAAACCUGACGAAGCUGUAGAACCUCAUAAAGUAGAAGCUGUCCAAACAUCAUCCACAUCAGAAAAUUCUUCAAAAACAUUGGAUGCCUCAAAUAAUAAUUUCAAAGUUGUGUUUCCAAGUUCAUUAAAUAAGAAAACUUCUAGGGUUACAAGCCCUAGACCAAAAGUAAGUGGACCACCACCUCCACAAAUCACAAUCAAAAAGGGACCACCAACUAGGGCAACUACUGAAUUUACUGGGUGGCCAACACCAUCAACAACACCAAUAUCAAUUGAGAAAUUACUAGAAAACGCUCGUACUAUAGAUAUUUCUGAGUUAUUACCGUCCUCGACUACUACAACGACCACAACUACAACUACUACUACAACGACAACCGAAGCAACACGUCCUACACAGCCUGGUCAUUGUAAAGUAGAGUGCAGAAUGGCUUCUACUAUUAAAAUCAUUGAAGGAGUUAAAUGGUCUCCAGAACUUCUUGACCAUAAUACAGUGGAAUGGAAAACAUUAGCAAAAGAAAUUGAAACUCAGCUCAACGAAGUUUACAUUAACGCACCCUAUUUAGGAAAUUGGUUCAAGAAAGUACAAAUUGAUAGUUUUAGUAAAGGAAGUGUCCUUGUCGAUUAUUUUAUUGAAUUGGGUAAUGUCACGCGUGAUGUUAACACACAGGAAAUAAAACGUCUAUUUCAUGAUGCACUUAUUCAAACGCCAUUGACUGUUGUGCCAUUAGGUUCAGAUAAUUCUAAUGAAAAUAAUAGUUAUUUAGAGGGAAAAGGUGAAAAACUAGUCAAAGAAACUUAUAUGUUAGGAAAAUAUGUAAUAGAUCCUUUAGCAACUGAUUUUAUUGUGUCACAGGUUCGCCCAUCAACGAUAGACUUCGAAGAACAAAAUGUGCUGAUUCCUCAAUGGGGAAUAGUUUUAAUAGUCAUAGGCGUUGGCUCUUUCUGUUUUAUAUUUAUUUUCGGUAUUACAGUGCUAUUAAAUAGAAAUAAAAGCGCAAAGAAAAAAGUUCCACCGCCUCUAACAGCUGAUAUGUUAAAUGAAUUAAAUAAAAAUCACAUGGGUGGUGUUGAUAAUUUUGGGGCUGAAGAUUUAUAUAAUGUAGACGAUGCUUGGAAUGACACAAAACCACCAAUUAAAUCAAAGAGAAUUCCAAGUUCUAUGCACGGUAGUCAAUCAAAUAUAUAUGAUAGUUGGGGUUCAAAUCACGGUGGACAUGAUUAUAAUUAUUAUGAUACUAGCUAUAAGCCUUAUAGUACGUAUCAUCAAAAUUUCAAAAUGAAUCCAUAUUCAACAGACCCCGUAUGGGAUGCUCAUCAAAUGUAUACGUAUAAUGCAAGAACACCUAGAUAUCCAAGAGAUUCAAAUUAUAAUCCUAACUUUUAGAGUAAUUAUCUAAAAUAUUUAUAGGAGAGAUUAAUUUUAGUAAUAAAAAAAUUUUAGAAUAUUUUAUAAGAGCAAUUUAAGGCCUGUAAAUUAUGCUUAAAAAAUUACACCCUUGUUUAAAUUUUUAUUUUAUUUUUUAAUUAGUGUGUUAUUUAAAUAUUAAGUUAGAAUUAUUUUUUCGUUUUAAUAUUAUUUAAGUUAUCUUUCUAAAGAGAUAUUAAAUCAAAAAUAUUUUAGAAAAACUUCUAUUUUAAGUUUUAAUUGGCAUUACGAAAAAAUUAGUCAAUAAAUUUUUUUAUUUUGUAUACAAAUUUA